AUGCAUAUACUACGAUGGACGUUCUUGUUGCUCACAUUGUGCGGCUGUUUUCCACCACCUUCGUGGAAAACACCCCGCAAAAAAUUUUUGUACAAAAUUUAUACGGUAUUCUCGCUCUUGGUCUUGAAUACUUUCUUUCUUUGCUUAAUAAUGGAUAUGAUAUACAAUGUAGAAAACAUAGACGACUUCAGUGAUAAUUUUCACGUGACGGUGGGAUCAUUCCUCACAACCAUCAAGGUCUCCGUUAUGCUGAUAUAUCGUGAAAGCUUCGUACGUUUGCGCGAUACUUUACAGAAAGAGCCACUCUUGCCAAUGAACCAACAAGAAUUCGAAAUUUUAUUGAGAUUCGACAAAAUUACCGACUGGAACACACUUGGUUAUAUGAUGAUACUCAUGACUAGUAAUUUUUAUCUAUUUAUGGAAUCGCUUCUGACGUAUAAGAAAAGACAACUAACGUAUCGAACAUGGGUACCAUACGACUAUUCGUCUGCAUCUGCAUUUCUGCUUACUUUGCUUUAUCAGUCGUUGUUCACGGCGAUAUGCUCCUUUGGAUGCGUCGCUACUGAUUCUCUGUACAGUGGCCUACUAAUUCAUAUUAGCUGCCAAUUCGAAAUACUAGAGCAUCGUCUGAAGAACAUCGAAUCGAACCAGAAUUAUUCAGUGAGGCUGUGUGUUCGUCAUCACGAUCAUAUAUACAAAUUUGGCGAAAUGGUGAACGAGGAAUUUAGAACGAUCAUGUUUUUCCAAUUCUAUACAAGUCUGUGUAUGAUCUGUUUCAACCUUUAUCAAAUAACACAAAUCGAAAUGGACUUGAACAUCAUAGGAAAGAUCCUCUUUAUGAACUUCUCGUUGAUGCAGAUAUUUUACUACUGUUGGUUCGGCAAUGAAGUCAAGCUUAAGAGUUUGGAACUUUCUGAUGUGAUAUUCAGAACCGACUGGACAUCGUUAAAUAACAACGUUAAGAGAGCUUUUUUGAUGUUAAUGAGGCGUGCUAUGAGACCGAUCGAAUUUACCAGCAUUUACGUCAUCUCUGUCAAUCUUGAGUCCUUCAUGACACUACUGAAGACCUCUUACUCCGUGUUCAGUGUGUUCCAACAGAGCCGGGAAUCAUGAAAACAAAGGCUAAUUUCUUAACACAGAACCGUCUUUCUUCGAUUCUUCCGAAUAGAGUAAUAAUUGUUCACUUAGAAAAAGGAAA